AUGUCAGCCGUGGACGUAUUGGAGAUGUUGGCAAUGCUGGGAAUGGCGGUGCUGGCUUUAAUCUCCUCUGUGUUCUACGGCAUCAGUAACCUCCUGUACUCCCUGGUGCCCAAGAAGUUCAGGGUGAAGAAUAUUGAGGGGCAAGUGGUGCUGGUGACGGGCGGCGGGUCGGGCAUCGGACGCCUGCUGUGUGUGAAGCUGGCGAAGAGAGGAGCGCGCAUCGUCACUUGGGAUGUAAGAGCAGCAGGAGGUCAGUGUUACAUCUAUACCGUUGACCUCAGUGAUCGCCAUGCUGUGUAUGCUGCCGCCACCAAGGUCAAGCAGGAAGUAGGGAAGGUGGACAUCCUCAUCAACAACGCAGGUAUUGUGACAGGCAAGAACUUCAUGGAGGCACCUGAUGAACUUAUCCAGAAGACCUUUGAUGUCAAUAUCCUGAGUCACUUCUGGACAACAAAGGCUUUCCUGGGGGAUAUGAUAUCAAGCAACAAGGGACACAUCGUCACCAUCGCCUCCGUGGCCGGCCUGGCUGGUGUCAACAAGCUUGCCGACUACUGUGCCUCAAAGUUUGCCGCAGUGGGUUUUGAUGAAAGUCUGCGGCUGGAACUUAAGGUCGGAGGCUACACUGGCGUCAAGACCACCGCCAUCUGUCCCUACUACAUCAACACUGGCAUGUUUGAGGGAGUUAAGUCCAAACUUAUUCCAAUCCUGAGCCCAGAGUAUGUGUCAGAUGAAAUAGUGGACGCCAUCCUCCUCGAUUACUACGACCUGGUGCUGCCUCGCUUCUGCCGCUACCUCAUCCUUCUCAAGUACAUCCUGCCCUUUGAUGGAGCCUACAAGUUGUACAAGGCAUGCGGUGGCCACCUCACCAUGUCUGAGUUCCAAGGCAGAAGCAAGCCAGAAGAGAAACCUAAUGGAUUAGAGGAUAAAUUGCUGGAUAAAAAGAGUAUGGCUUGAAGUGUGUCUGUGUGCAUAAAGAAUGUAACCUCACUUUUUACUUUGUGUAUGUGAGUAUAGAAUGAGCAUGAGUGUGUGUUUUCGUGUAUGGUGAAGAUUUUGACAAUUUGCACGUUUCCAUGUGGAUAUUUGUCAUCAACACCGGUGCGUGACUUGCGUGUGUCUCGGGAAAAGUACUCGUGUGCCGCAGACGUUAUUCCCUCACUCACAUAUUCCUGCAUGUAUCCGUGUGUGACUAUGCUGAGCAAAGUCACAUGGAGUCAUACAAAUGCAUACAAGUGAUUUCAAACUGGUAUUUUAAGUCUCAAUGAAUGAGACUGUUUGGCUUAACUACUCUAAUAAUGAUAGUAAGAGUGUUUAGUGCCUCAAGGUGUGUUGUUAGGAGCACUGCUGUCUUAUGUAAGGAUAAAUGCUUCUGUAGUAUUUAAGGCUUCUUCUGUAGCAGCACAGGAGCGUUUGAUUGCCAAGCUUCUUUCCAUCUCACUCCUUGCUGAUGAGACUCCAAUGGUUAAGACACGUUGGACUCGGAGCUGAAAGACUGCGAGUUCAGUUCCCCGUGGGCUUCAGUCAGAGGAGUGGUGCCCUCUUAACUCUAGCCUGCCAACAUCACCAUGCCUUGCCUCAGUGAACCUAACUCCUCACUAUUGGGAUCACAGUGGUUCCAUGGUAAGACAUUGUACUCGUAGCCGAAAGAUUACAAGUUUAAUCCCAUACAUGGUUCAUUCAGAGGCCCGGUGCCAUCUUAACCCUAACCCAUUACUAUGACCAUGCUUUUUCACUGUAUAACCUCAGCUGUCUGACAUAAUAUCUCUUCACUGCUUACUGAUGCAGGUUCUCUUAGGGCACAAUGAUAUACUUUGAAACUCCUUUCUUGAGGCUGAAGGCUAUGUUGCCAUUAUCAUGCUCUACUAUGUUGCUAUGUAAACUUGCCUGUCUACCCUAGUAUUACCUCCUCUUCGCUCACUAAUGCAACUACACUCCCAUAGCACAAUGAUAUGCUUUUAAUCUUUUUUGAGAUAGGUGUAGGCUGAAAGUUAAGUCACCAGAACCAUGCUUUACUAUAACUAAGUAAUCUCGGCUCUCUAACAUAAUACCUCCUCUUCACUCCUUGCUGAUGUAACGACUCCCAAGGAACAUUGAUAUAAAUUCCUUUUUUUGAGAUGGAGGUGAAAAACUAUGGCUAGAGCUUUAAGAAUGUAAAUUAAGAAUUUCCUUAGCUUUGAAUUAAAAGCUAUUCUAAUGCAGUGUAAGUCAUAGGAAGGAGGAAAAACAGAAACAAGCAGAGUCCAGAAUGUACCAGUGAAAGGGUUGAACUAACUUUGAUAAACUAAGUACCUUAACAUUCGUUCAUUUGAAACAUCCUAAUGCACAUGUUAUGUACAGAUGAGUUAGACUUUACAGACAUGCCCAGGCAGUGAGAGCGAUAGACUAACUUAGCUACAUAGCUGGACGCAAUAGCGAAAAAAAAUUAUCACAAUAACCAAUAAAUUAAUAACAAUAACCUUAUUGGCAAUAACUGAUAAUCCAUAACUGGCAGUAAAUUUAUCGUCCAAUAACUGAUAACUCAAUAAAUCCCAAAUUCCAAUACCAGUGAUAACAAUAUUGAUAUUUUAAAUAAAAAAAUUUAUAAAUCUUUAUCAUAGAAAACUUAGAAAAUAUUAAAAAACUUCAAAUUCAAUGUUUAUCCUGUCUCUUCACUAAUGAAAAGUACUGUUUUAAGUAAAAUAACUACAUUUAAUUUUGAAAGUUUAAAACUUCAACAUGCUCAUUUUCCAAAAACUAAAAUUAUCAGUUAUCAUUAGUUUGGACCCAAAAGUAUCAGCGAUACUGAUGAAUCGAUAAUGCAAGAAAAAUAAUCAUCGGAUAACUGAUAACCCAGUAUUGUUAUCAUGAUAACUUAUCACAGUAAUUUAUUGUGAUAACACCCACCUUCGAUUAGCUAUCAGUUCAAAGUCAUCCUAAUCCAUAUAACUUAUAGAUGAAAGAGUUGGACAUUACAACGGAAAGGCUAAACGACAUAGCUUUCAAUUCUGAGAUCCUAAUGCAUGUAUGAUAGAUUUAUAGAUACAUUUAUUGACCAUAGAAUCACAGGUACAUCACAAAGCACAAAAAAAUGCCAAAUAAGGGAAAAACCAUAAAAAAACAAGCAUGAUGUGUGUUUAUAUUCCCCCCAAGAGCUUGAUGCUUCAUUACCAACACACCUGCAAGCCAAUACACCUGCCUAACUCACUCCUGUCCCUCACCCCUUCAUACUACUGGAAGUGUAGAGGACAGCUCUCUUGGAUCAGCAAGUCGGAUGUGAGUAAGACUUAGGAGUGUGUUCUGUACUGGAUGUCGCGUUUCUUCUCUCUCAGACUUUUGUUCUGUCACUGUGUUUGUUUUGUUUUGAGUUGAGUUGUUGUGUUUUCUUAUCUCUUUUUAUUGAUUUGAUGUGUGGAGUCUGACAGUAUAUUUUUAUUCUUUUAUUUAUUUUAUUUUUUUAUUUACUUUAUCUAUUUAUUUAUUUUUUAUACAGUCUAACUGUUUUUUCUCUAUCUCAGUUUUUGGUGAUUUGAUAUAUAUAUAUAUAUAUAUAUAUAUAUAUAUAUAUAUAUAUAUAUAUAUAUAUAUAUAUAUAUAUAUAUAUAUAUAUAUAUAUAUAUAUAUAUAUAUAUAUAUAUAUAUAUAUAUAUAUGUGUGUGUGUGUGUGUGUGUGUGUGUGUGUGUGUGUGUGUGUGUGUGUGUGGAGUCACUUACUAUGUUUCUUCUUUAUAUUUUCUGCCUGUUGCUGUAUGCUUUCUGAGUGUUGUAUUGUCUUUUCUCCCUCAGGUGAUGCACUGUACAAUAUACACAGCAAAUGUGACAGCAAGUUUCUUCUAUGUGCAUAUUUUCAUUCUGGUUCUGUUUACUCUUUCUUCAUAAACUCUAUUUGGUUUCUCCUCUUAAUUGAUUUAAUACUUAGCAUUUAGUUUUAUUGUAUAUUUCUUCUCAGUGCAUAUUUUUUCUUCUGUCUUAGCAUACAUUUUCAAGUAAACUGUCUGUCCUUAUAUUCAGUGAUGUAUUUUCACGUCUUCAUUUUCCUUCUUUAAAUAUUUCGCACAUUAUAUUUUUUCUUUUUCUUUCUUAUAACAAGUGUGUACCAUGCAUUUAAAUAUGUGUAAAUAGUAUUUUUAUUACUACCAUGUAUCACACUGCAUUAUAUAUACUUGAAAGCCAUUGAUAUUAUGAGAUAUAGAUUGGUUUCUGCAUAAUAGGCAUCUUUCGUAGCAACACAGGAACAUGCAAUGAAAGAAUCACACCUUAUGAAUAGCAAUCAUAGCGAGGAUUUAAACAGAAACAGGGUGAGAUUAGAAAUUAUAGUUAUAUAUUGUCAUUUCUACAAAGGACUUAGAAAUUUAACAUAAUAAUGAUCUAGUCCACUUCAGUUCUUUCCUCCUACUUCACAAAUCUCUCUGUGUCGCAGUGAAACAAUUGUCUUGGUAAGGAAUUAAAUGGAAACAAAAAAAAAGAGAAAAAUGUAUAUAUUCUUACAUCACUUCAAAACACUUAUAAAUUUGCUUCAGUUCUUUCACUGCUAUUAACACAUCUUGCCUUGUCACAGUGAAAAUUUUCUUUGAGCUAAAUGAAGGCAAAGAAUAAAUCAUACUUGUACAUUCUUGUGUUGCUACAGAAGACUUAAUGCAGCAUAAUAAUUACCAGGUCUACUGACUCUUUCACACCUUGCCUUGUCACAGUGAAAGAAUUGUCUUACUAAGGAAUUCAAUAGAAACAAAAGGAUAAGAUUAGACAUUGUAAUUGUACAUUCUUACAUUGCUACAAAAGAGUAUUCCAGCAUAAUAAUUGCCAGGUCUACCUUGACUCUUUCACUGCUACUUAACACAUCCUGACUUGUCAUAGUGAAGGAUGAGAUAGGACGUUUUACAUUCUCACAUUGCCACAAAAGAUUUAGUAAUUCAGCAUAAUUUUCAUGUUUGCUCUGACUCUUUCACUGCUGCUUAACAAAUCUUGCCUUGUCGCAGUGAAGGAGUUUAUGUGCUUCUUAGUCAAUACAGGUAGAGCCCCUAGUGCAUGUUAAUGCCAAGUGAUUGCAGUGAUAAUGUUAUAGACUAAAGAUAAUGCUGUAGGUCGCUUGCCAACUUUGUAUUGUAUUUAUCUUAAGUUUGUCAAGAUGAUGCAAUGAUGAUUGUGUUAUGAAUAGCUUCUUGUGUUACUGUGUUGAGAGUUUUACUGAUGGUGUCUUACGAUUACAAAGACAAUUCAAUGAUGACUGUUUCGAAUUGCUUUUUACUGAGCUACCGUGUUGUAAGCUGUACUGAAGGUGUCUUAUGAUUGUGAAGACAGUGCGAUGACAGUUGUGUUUCAAAUAGCUUCUUAUUGCAAGCUGUAAUAAUGGUGUCUCACGAUUACAAAGACGAUAUGAUGCUUGUGUUUCGAGUAGUUUCUUACUGAGUCACCACGUUGCAAGGCGUACUGAAGAUGUCUUACGAUUACAAAGGCCAUUCAACAAGCCUAUUAAUAUAACGCUACCUUAAAUAGAAUGUUCUUGCUGCUGGUGCAUUAUAACAACCAAGCAGUGGAACAUUUCAAAUUGGUUCUCGAGUCACUGUGCUGGAAGGUGUACUGAAGGCAUGUGCUGCACUCCGGUUGGUAGUGAGUGCUGUUGCCACUGUGAAUACUGAAGGUGCUGGUGCCUGCUGUAUGUUAGAGGAAAAACAGGUUUAAGAAAUGUAUCACAAGAGUCAAAAUUUUUAGUACUGGUAAGGUAAAUAAAUGAUUGUGUGUGUUAAGUUAUUAGAGGAAUGCCCUGGUGAUUGUAAAGUACUGCAACUAUUACUACUUUUCUAUUGCUGCUUCUGUUACUACUUUCACUAUUACUACAGAUGCUACUCUUACUUUUAUCACUUUAUUAUGUUCUUUUUACUACUACUACUACUACUACUACUACCACCACCACCACCACCACCACCACCAUUACCACCACCACCACCACCACCA